AUGGAUAUUUGUGUUAACUUCAACCCUAUUUCUCGCCUCAUUCUCCACUUGCUGCUCUUGUUAUUUUUGGCCUCUUCGUGCCUAAACACUGGCAGUAUUGUGAAAUCAUGCACAGAGGAAGAGAGACGAGCGCUUCUCAGCUUUAAACAAGAUCUCAUUGAUCCGUCUGCUAGGCUUUCUUCUUGGGUUGGUCAUCAAUGCUGUCGGUGGAGAGGGAUUUCAUGCAACAACCGCACAGGUCAUGUUGCAAUGAUUAACCUCCACAGUACAUACCCUCUUGAUCAUCUGAACUAUACCGAGGCAGAAGAAUCCUUUUUGCGGGGUAAGUCAAUUAAUCCUUCUUUGCUUGGCUUGAAACAUCUGAGUUACUUGGAUUUAAGCAACAAUGACUUCAACAGAAUUCACAUUCCAAAAUUCAUUGGCCAGCUUACGAGUUUGAGGUAUCUCAAUCUCUCAUAUUCCAACUUUUCAGGAGAGAUUCCCUCUUCUCUUGGUAACCUCUCCAACUUGAACUAUCUUGAUCUCCAGUGGAAUGCAAUUUCUUCCAUAAACUUGAAUUGGCUUUCUCAUCUCUCUUCCCUCAAAUACCUUAAUCUUGAAAGUGUGAACCUUAGCAUCACAGGAGUAAGUUGGCUACAUGCUGUUAACAAGCUUCGUUCACUCUUAGAGUUGCAUUUGUCAUCUUGUUAUAUUCAAAACAUUCCACACUCCCUGCAAUCCAUUAACUUCACAUCACUUGCAGUCCUUGAUAUGUCAGGGAAUUAUCUUAUCAAUUCUUCAUUUCCUAAAUGGAUUUUUAAUCUUUCUAGCCUUACAAAACUUGAUCUAAGUUAUAAUUCUUUCAACGACCCCUUUGUUGAUGAAUUUGCAACCCCCAAAUCUCUAGAACACCUCGAUUUAUCUAGCACUGGACUCAAGGGUCCAGUUCCCAAAUUCAUUAGAAAUUUGUGCAAGCUGAAGUCAUUAGACCUUGCAGACAACAAAUUUGAUGGGGGGAUUCAAGAGUUUUUGAGUGGUAUUUCAAAUUGUUCAUUUAAUAGAAUGGAGUCACUAGAUUUGUCGUUUUGUAGGCUGGUAGGCAAAUUGCCUAGUUCGUUGGGAAUCCUGAAAAGCCUGCAACAUCUUGCCCUCGGUCAUAAUCUUUUCAACGGUUCCAUUCCUGAAAGUUUGGGACAAUUCUCUCAACUAGUUAACCUUGAUCUCAGUUCUAAUCUUUUCAGCGGUUCCAUUCCUCAAAGUUUGGGAAAACUCACUCAGCUAGUUAGCCUUGAUCUGUCUAAUAAUUCAUGGGAAGGCAGUUUAACGGAAGCCCAUUUCAUAAAUCUCACAAGAUUAGAGUCCCUAUACUUGAGCACAACCCGAGAUGUGCCCAUCAUUUUCAAUUUGACUGAUUAUGAAUGGGUUCCUCCGUUCAAGCUCCAUACAAUUGAAAUGGACAAUUGCCGAGUAGGUGCUGGCUUCCCUCUAUGGCUUCAAUCUCAAACUGAGCUCGUGGAUGUCUUACUUAUGAAUGCUGGAAUCUCAGGUCCAAUACCAGAGGAAUGGCUCUUUAAGAUAUCUUCCAAAAUCCAAACUUUGGAUUUAUCUUACAAUCAAAUAAGUGGAAAGCUUCCGUUCCGAUUCAACUCUUUUCCGAUUCUGAUUACCUUAGUUUUGAGCCAUAAUCAAUUUGAUGGCACUAUUCCAUCAUCUAUCUGUAGCAUUCACUCUCUAUAUGAACUUGCUCUGAAUAACAAUCAGUUAUCCGGAGAAUUCCCUAAAGAAUGGAGUUUGUGGAGCCAGAUACAUGUUGUGGAUGUCUCAAACAACAAUAUAUCGGGUAAUAUUCCAAGCUCAAUGGGCAUUCCAAGUUCUCUUUAUACACUGAAGAUAGACAACAAUCAUUUUAGCGGAGAAAUUCCUUCUGCCUUGCAAAAUUGCUCAAAUUUGGAGAGACUUAAUCUUGGAGGCAACAAAUUUACUGGAAGCAUACCUUCUUGGAUAGGAUCAAAAGUAUCCACAUUCACAGUGCUGCAAUUGCGAUCAAACUCUUUAAGUGGACAUAUUCCUCAUCAUUUGUGCAGUCUUCCUUUCCUUCAUAUCCUAGACCUUAGUCACAACAGAUUUUCAGGGACUAUUCCCAAGUGUUUGAAUAAUUUGACUUCUCUAGUCGACUAUGGUUCUAGUAACUGGAUCAUCAAUGUUUAUUCUGAGGAAACAAUUGUGACUGUAAAAGGAAGAGCAAGUGAAUACUUAGAUAACAAUGCAAAACUUCUAUUCAUUAUUGAUUUUUCAAGUAAUGAUUUAGAAGGUGAAAUUCCUGAAGAAAUCUGCAGCCUCGUUCAAUUAGGUGCAUUAAACUUGUCCAUGAAUCAAUUAAGUGGACAUAUCCCCUCAAAAAUUGGAAACUUGGAGUUGCUCGAAACACUUGACCUCUCACAGAACCAGCUUUCAGGACAGAUCCCACAAAGUCUCGCUUCUCUGACCUUCUUAUCUCACUUGAACUUGUCUUCCAACAACUUGACCGGAAGAAUUCCUUCGGGCUACCAACUUCAGACGCUCGAUGAUUCAUCUAUUUAUGAGGGCAAUCCUUCACUCUGUGGAUUUCCUCUCUCAGAAUGCCCAGAAGACGGAGACAAGAUGCAUGAGCCUAGUGCAGAAGAUCAUGAAGAUGAUGACAAAAAGCUUGGCUUCUAUACCAGCGCGGCGCUCGGCUUUAUCAUAGGGUUUUGGAGUGUUUGUGGCACAUUGAUAUUGAAGAAGUCCUGGAGAUAUGCUUAUUUUCAAUUCUUUGACUGGAUCAAAGAGAAAGUUGCACUAGCAAUUGCAUUGAAAGUAGCUCGUCUACAAGGAAGACGGUGA